AGCCAUCGACGAACAAAGUCCAAAACAAUGGCUGACACCGACAGCAAUUAAGAACUCGUAUCCCUGUAGAUAAGAUCAAGACUCUCAGUACAAAAAGUGCCCAGUACGAGCAACAAGAGACUUGUCACUGUUUAGUCGCAAUGUCUAGAACAAACAUGUCUUUCCUCCUUGUUUUGACAGUUUCACUGCUCGCCCACCACACCACCGCGGCGUCCUGCAACAGUGAAGAUGAAAAGGCACUGCUGGCUUUCAAGGACGCCGACCAAGAUCGAAGCAAGCUACUUACCACUUGGAGCCGGCAAUCCAGUUGCUGCGAAUGGUCUGGUGUCAAAUGCGAUGGAGCUGGCGGCCGGGUGAGCGAGCUCAAGCUGGAGUCCCUGGGAUUAACAGGUACGCUGUCUCCGGAGCUGGGAAGCCUCUCCCACCUCCGUACGCUCAACGUCCACGGCAAUAGCAUGGACGGUCCGAUACCUUCCACCUUUGGUAAGCUACUUCGGCUGGAGGUUCUCGACUUGGGCAGCAACUUCUUCUCCGGAGCACUGCCAGCGUCCCUUGCUCAGCUCGCAUCCACGCUGCAAACGCUGGAUCUGUCAGGUUACAGAUUCGAAGGACCGUUUCCAUCGGUUAUUGGAAAACUUACCAGCUUGAGGAAGCUCAUCCUGGAAAGAGCUGAUGCGUCUGCCGGCAGCAUUCCUUCGUUCCUCGCCAACCUCGAGAAUCUCACCAUCUUAAAUCUCCAAGGAAGCUGGUUCACGGGCUCCAUUCCUUCGUCCUUGAGUAAACUCAAAAAUCUUCAAACGCUCGAUCUCUCGGACGGCCUCCGGCUCACAGGGUCCAUACCGGCGUUUCUCGGCGGCCUUCAAAACCUGGAGUAUCUCGACUUGAGUGGUACCAAGUUUUCUGGUUCCAUUCCUCCAUCUCUCGGCAACCUCCCCAAGCUGCGUUUCCUGGACAUUUCCAACACGCUCGUCAGCAGCAGUAUACCUGUUAAGAUUGGAAAGCUUACCAGCUUGGAAACGCUGAGAAUCUCCGGCACCAAAGCCGCUGGACGAAUCCCCGACACGCUUGGGAACCUGAAGAAGCUCAAAGUGUUGGAGCUGUCUCAAAAUGCAGGUAUGCGUGGUCCCAUCCCCAGCUCCUUCGGCCAGCUCUCUUCCCUGGAAGAGCUUUCGGUCUCCAGCACUGGGCUUACGGGACAAAUACCGAGCUCUCUCGGCCAACUUAGCAGACUUGUCAAACUCGACGUUAUGUCCAACUCAUUGAGCGGCAGCAUUCCUGAAUCUCUGGGACUUCUUUCCAGUCUUGAAGUCUUUUGGGCCUCCGAAAACCUGCUGACCGGUCGAGUUCCAGAAGGAUUUGCUCGAGGCCUCAAGAAUCUCACAGUCCUCGAGCUUUCGAUGAACAACCUCACUGGACUUCCCACCAACAUGGCCAAGCUCGUCAACUUGAACGGUGUCUACUUGGACAACAACGAUAUCAGAAGCUUUGACGCGAUCUCUGGACUGGCAACACUCCCGGAGCUCUCAACCAUCUCUCUCAGUCGCUGCAAACUCCAAGGACCGAUACCUUCCUGGUUUGCAAACAUCAACCUCAAGCAACAGCCCCUGGGAUCUUCGUGUCUCAUCGACCUCUCCUUCAACUCCAUCACCGGAACUAUACCCGCUGCUCUCGGAAGGAACUCCAACCUCACAAAUCUCUUCCUCCAAUUCAACAAGCUCCAAGGAAAACUCCCAGACAGCUUUGGAGAAACUCUCCCCAGGCUGACUAACUCGGACUUUAGCUCCAACUUUCUCACCGGAGUACCAGCGGACCUGUCCAACUUGGGAAAAGGAGUGCUCUACUCGCUUGGACUGGGUCACAACAAUCUCAGCUUUCAGGCUCUCGAGGGACUGACCACACUCUCCCAAGUCUCCUUCCUCACUCUCGACCAUUCCCACCUCACAGGAGCCAUCCCGAGCUGGUUCUCCAAGAUCCCAAUGACCCAAGACGAAAUCGACAGCGUCGCAGUACUGAGGCUGAGCUCCAACAGCAUCACUGGAAGGAUCCCACCGGAAAUCGCCCAGCUGACCCAAGUCACGGGCCUCUAUCUGGACAGGAACCGCUUGAGCGGCGGCAUUCCAGUGGAGUUCCUGGCGCUCAAGAACCUGCACUACUUGAAUGUCUCCCACAACCAGCUCACUGGCGCCAUACCCGAUGGAGCGCCGCUCAGCACCAUGGAUCCGGAGAACUUCGCCGGCAAUCCGGGGCUCUGCGGCAAGCCGCUCUCGCCAUGCAUCAAGCCCUCCGGCCACAAGAAACCCCGUGGUGAAGGCAUUAAGGGGCUAGAGCACACUGUAGCCCCAAAUGCCGCACAAGGGGAUUCCCCAAACACGAAGAAAACAAUGCCAGCAGCUCUCACACGUGAUGACUCAACUCAAGACCGUGCCAAAACGUUAUCAGGCGGGCACUCAUUCAAAACGGUGGAUAAUCGUAAAGUUCUCUCCUUGUGGAUAGCUUUAGAGUUUCCCAAAAGUAGGGUGAGCCAGCUGACAACCGUUUACUUUGUACUUUUGAUCACCGCUAGCAUUACAAGCCCCGAGAAGGAUCGUCCACGCAAAACUAUCAGCCUUGUAAGGCAUACUCUCAACAAGCACCCGAGCAUUCCUAGAGUCUCCAGAUCGCCCAACAGUGUCGAUCAUACAUCGGUAGUGUUCCAGCUCCACGCAAACUCCAUGAUCCGCCACCAUCGACAGAAAAACGCUUCUACUCGUUGCCAGCGACCCAGAGUGACUGCAAGUGCCGAGAACAAUGCUAAAAGUCACUUGAUCCGGAUCAAAGCCCUCCAGGAUCAUAAAAGGCAUCCAAGCGACCCUGUCUCGGCUUGUCAUUCUGUGAAAGAAUCUCACGGCCUCGUCUACGUAGCCAAGCAAAGAAUAUGCCUGGAUCAUAAUGGUCCACGAGAUUUCGUCACGAUCGACUAUGGAAUCAAACACCUGUCUCGCAUGCUCAAUCUGCCCACAUUGGGCAUAUGCUGCUACCAUGGAGUGGAGAUUCGGCGCAUAGAUGGAAUCGAAGACGGCCUUGGCGUCAUGGAGGCUGCCACAUUUUGCGUACAUGUCGACAAGAUGGUUUUUAAGGAAAAGAGCCAUGACAUCAAAAGAUUUGCGUCGCCUGAGAGAUUCGAACUCUCGCGGGGAAACCCCAUGUACUUAGCAGGCACACGCCUUAACCACUCGGCCAAAGCGACAAUACGCUUGAUUUCACUGCUCGCCCACCACACCACCGCGGCGUCCUGCAACAGUGAAGAUGAAAAGGCACUGCUGGCUUUCAAGGACGCCGACCAAGAUCGAAGCAAGCUACUUACCACUUGGAGCCGGCAAUCCAGUUGCUGCGAAUGGUCUGGUAUCAAAUGCGAUGGAGCUAGCGGCCGGGUGAGCGAGCUCAAGCUGGAGUCCCUGGGAUUAACAGGUACGCUGUCUCCGGAGCUGGGAAGCCUCUCCCACCUCCGUACGCUCAACGUCCACGGCAAUAGCAUGGACGGUUCGAUACCUUCCACCUUCGGUAAGCUACUUCGGCUGGAGGUUCUCGACUUGGGCAGCAACUUCUUCUCCGGAGCACUGCCAGCGUCGCUUGCUCAGCUCGCAUCCACGCUGCGAACGCUGGAUCUGUCAGGUUACAGAUUCGAAGGACCGUUUCCAUCGGUUAUUGGAAAACUUACCAGCUUGAGGAAGCUCAUCCUGGAAAGAGCUGAUGCGUCUGCCGGCAGCAUUCCUUCGUUCCUCGCCAACCUCAAGAAUCUCACUGUCUUAAAUCUCCAAGGAAGCUGGUUCACGGGCUCCAUUCCUUCGUCCUUGAGUAAACUGAAAAAUCUUCAAACGCUCGAUCUCUCGGACGGCUUCCGGCUCACAGGGUCCAUACCGGCGUUUCUAGGCAGCCUUCAAAACCUGGAGUAUCUCGACUUGAGUGGUACCAAGUUUUCUGGUUCCAUUCCUCCAUCUCUCGGCAACCUCCCCAAGCUGCGUUUCCUGGACAUUUCCAACACGCUCGUCAGCAGUAGUAUACCUGUUGAGCUUGGAAAGCUUACCAGCUUGGAAACGCUGAGAAUCUCAGGCACCAAAGCCGCAGGACGAAUCCCCGACACGCUUGGAAACCUGAAGAAGCUAAAAGUGUUGGAGCUGUCUCAAAACGCAGGUAUGCGUGGUCCCAUUCCCAGCUCCUUCGGCCAGCUCUCUUCCCUGAAAGAGCUUUCGGUCUCCAGCAUUGGGCUUACGGGACAAAUACCGAGCUCUCUCGGCCAGCUUAGCAGACUUGUCAAACUCGACGUUACGUCCAACUCAUUGAGCGGCAGCAUUCCUGAGUCUCUGGGACUUCUUUCCAGUCUUGAAGUCUUUUGGGCCUCCGAAAACCUGCUGACCGGUCGAGUUCCAGAAGGAUUUGCUCGAGGCCUCAAGAAUCUCACAGUCCUCCAGCUUUCGAUGAACAACCUCACUGGACUUCCCACCAACAUGGCCAAACUCGUCAACUUGAACGCUGUCUACUUGGACAACAACGAUAUCAGAAGCUUUGACGCGAUCUCUGGACUGGCAACACUCCCGGAGCUCUCAACCAUCUCUCUCAGUCGCUGCAAACUCCAAGGACCGAUACCUUCCUGGUUUGCAAACCUCAACCUCAAGCAACAGCCCCUGGGAUCUUCGUGUCUCAUCGACCUCUCCUUCAACUCCAUCACCGGAACUAUACCCGCUGCUCUCGGACGGAACUCCAACCUCACAAAUCUCUUCCUCCAAUCCAACAAACUCCAAGGAAAACUCCCAGACAGCUUUGGAAAAACUCUCCCCAGGCUGACAUACUCGGACUUUAGCUCCAACGUUCUCACGGGAGUACCAGCGGACCUGUCCAACUUGGGAAAAGGAGUGCUCUACUCGCUUGGAUUGGAGCACAACAAUCUCAGCUUCCAGGCUCUCGAGGGACUGACCACACUCUCCCAAGUCUCCUUCCUCACUCUCGACCAUUCCCACCUCACAGGAGCCAUCCCAAGCUGGUUCUCCAAGAUCCGGAUGAUCCAAGACGACUCCGACAGCGUCGCAGUAAUGAGGCUGAGCUCCAACAUCAUCACUGGAAGAAUCCCACCGGAGCUCGGCCAGCUGACCCAAGUCACGGGGCUCUACCUGGACGACAACGCGAUUGCGGGCGAGAUCCCGCGCAGCCUCGCCAACCUCACGAGCUUGCAGAGGAUGAAUCUCGCCCAGAAUCGCUUGACAGGCAAGAUUCCAGUGGAAUUCCUGGCGCUCAAGCGCCUGCGCUACUUGAACGUCUCCCACAAUCAGCUCACUGGCGCCAUACCUGAUGGAGCGCCGCUGAGCACCAUGGAUCCGGAGAACUUCGCCGGCAAUCCGGGGCUCUGCGGCAAGCCCCUGUCUCCAUGCCCCACGAAACCCUAGCUAGAGCUCUAAAUGCGUAGAAUAUCCUCAAAUUUGAAAUUUUACGGCAGAAAAAAGAAUAUUUCUUCCGUGAGGAUGGAGAUCCAGUCUACAUCACACAUUCUUGAAUGGCUACUUUCUUUAAUCAAAGCUGGAGA